AAAUAGCGUGGAAAGAGAGAGUAGUGAUCAAAUCAGGAACCCUAACUUGAAGUUGGAAGAGGAAGAAGAAAGAAUGUCUGGUGUGAAGAGAGCACUGAGGCAGUUUACGUUCGGAAGCGGCAAGACCGCCGGUCGCAACUCGUCGGGGCGCAUAACGUCGUUUCACAGAGGUGGCGGACAUAAGCGGCUGCAACGAACCGUAGAUCUCAAAAGGAACACCACUUCUUCCUUGGGUGUCGUCGAACGGAUCGAGUACGAUCCUAACCGUUCCUCCGACAUCGCACUCGUUCGCUGGCUACAAGGCGUCCACCACCACCAACGUCGCGCCGGCUCCGGCUCCGGCGCCGCGGCCUGCUCGUCCAAGCUCCUAGCCCUCAAUCCCGCUGUCACUAACAGUGACAGCAUUCGUGGCGUGUUCGCGCUCAAUUCGAUGUUGCCGCGCAUUGGAACUUCCACUAGAGAGGUUUUCCUGUCUGCGUUCUCGUCCAAGGCCAAGGGACGGGAUACGAAAUCGGAAUUGGAAUCGGUUUCUUCGAUCGGAUUGCCGCGGAUGGUGGUUGCCGCCUCGAGAGCUCCGUUCUUCGCGCCACGUGGGAAAGGGGAGAAGACGUUAGAGGUUCGGAAUUGGAAAAGGAAUAGCGACGCUUGGGCGCAUAGGAACAAGCGUAGAGUGGCGGUCUCGUGGCAGAGCAUCGCGCGUUGAGUUGGUGCUAUUUCGAAUUGUAAAAGCUAAACUUCUGGCUCACUGCCUUUAAUUUUGUUUAUAACUGAUGAAUUGUUGGUUGGGAUUGUGCUUCUCUGAAUGUUGAGGUGUAAGGCUUGAAUUGGUGAGUAGUGUUCAGUUUGUUUGCUCUUGCCCUGAUUGGUAUCGCAAGUGAAAGCGAGAGAGGGAUAGGAACUGAAUGAAUAGAUGGCUGUGUCAUUUCCAUUCCAUUCUCUUCUCAUGUUUUGAGUGAAUAUGCUGUUGGAGAAAAGACUUGCUUCCCAUUUGGGAUUAGUAGAGACAAGUCAACCAUGCUUGUGGCCCUUCCCCUAGUUUGUGAGUUAAUAUUUUAGCUGGAGAUAAUAUAGCCGUUUCUCUUUUUCAAUUUAAGUUCACCCUCAUCCCUUUGCCUUCCAUUGUAAAAUAUUCUGAAAGGUGGUGGGGGUUUGUUACUUAUCGAUUCCGGGCUCUGGAACUUUUGAGAAA